AAAACCGACAUGCCUUCUCUCGUAGGAUACUCUUUACAUGUGCCCCAUCGCAUACGAUAGGCCCUUUACACUGUAUCUUUCCUUCUCCCCUUGGACAUCGAUAAACACAGACAAAGUUCCCGGUAUUGAAGCUAGAAGGAAGCUCUCUCUCUCGCGCUGUCAGAGACCUUGGAAAAAUGGAACCCGAAAUCCAGGAGCGAAUCGAAAAUACAGUUCGGAGGAUUCUCAAAGGGUCCGACAUGGAGGAGAUGACGGAACACAAGAUCCGCAAGCAGGCAUCGGCUGAGCUCGACCUCGACCUCUCCGAGCCGCCUUACAAGGCAUUUGUCAAGCAGAUCGUCCAGUCCUUCCUCGAGAAACAAGUAGAAGAAGAAGAGGAAGAAGUAGAAGAAGAACGAGGAGCGCGCCGUAAGGAGUACGAUGAUGAUGGUGAUCUUAUCAUUUGUAGGUUGUCAGAGAAGAGAAGGGUAACGAUCCAAGAUUUCCGGGGAAAAACUUUGGUGUCCAUUAGGGAGUACUACAAAAAAGAUGGCAAAGAGCUUCCUACUUCUAAAGGAAUAAGCUUGACAGAGGAGCAAUGGUCAACCUUCAAGAAGAAUGUACCUGACAUCGAGAAAGCCAUUAGGAAGAUGGAGUCUAGGAUCAUGUGAAAAUGUCAUCAGUAUGUUCUUUUGAACCAACUUUGCCAUUGAGGCAUAAUCUGGGUUUCAAGGUGGCAGAACAUUUUAUUCAGAACUGGAACUGCUGUAGUGCCUGUGCACGUUUUGGACAUGGAGACAAUCUGAAUGAUGAAGUAUAUGUUAAAGCUUUAAAUGAAUCAGCAAUCUCUGUUGUCUUCUCUUGUUCCUUCUCUUUUACCCCUUAUUUUGUGUGUUGGCAACCAAAGAUUGAAACAUAUGUUAUGUUGAUAUUGGCAGUGGACUUCAAUUCCUAUGGCAAGAUUCCAUUCCAAUGGUGAAACUCGUGCUCAUUGUCAGGCAGUACUGUUCAAGAGUAA